CUCAAAAUUAAGAAAGAGUUUUUGAUUUGUUGGACUCGAACUUAUUGGUUGCCUACAUACCCGAAUAUUCGGGAUCAAAGUUCGCGUAAUUCGAUUUAAAAAAGAGUGAUUUGAAAAGGUGAUAGUAACACAUUUCUAUUGAUACGUGGUUGAACUUGAUAUUUAGCUUUCAUGGGGAAAUUUAUUUUGAUUAUUGUAAUUUGGUAUUUGAAUGAUUGAAGGUAAUGAGAAAUUUCGUCAUAAUGACUAUCGCGGUCUAUUGACCAACGAUUUCGUACUAAGGAACUUUCGAAGUAAAACGAGUAUGUGUAUGAAUAAUGAAGCCAAAGAGAAUGUGGUAACCAAUGUUUUUUAAUAUCUUGAAAUAUUUAGAUACAUACAUAAUUUGGUGAAAGCAAAAAAUCUUAGCAAGAUUAAUCGAUAGAAAUAUUGUGUAUUAAGUUUAAACACAAAUAAAUUGAAAUGAAGAGAAUAUAGUUUCAAGCAUCAUGAUAUGACUUAGUGGCUAAUUGCCCCAACUUAGGGCUAGUGGUGACUUGAUGGUCUCAGGUUUGAGACUAAAAGGAGCAGUAUUUUUAUUUUUGUCAUUUUAAGGUGGAAAGGACGGUGGCAACUGUCGUAAUUUUCAAACACAUCGGAGGGGCAAGUUAGUCAUUUAACCCCGAGACCUCUCUUAAGGCUAAAUCGAAAUCUAAUUAAUUUGUCCUAGCUAACAACAUUUCCAUCGGCUACCAUUUUCCACUUUCAUCAUCUCGUGGAUGUGCUCUUGCAAUUGCAAAAUGAAUUUUACUGAUGUGUGAAGUGCUUGCAAAUAUGCAUGCUUUCAUAUGGUGAAAGCCCAUAUGCAAUUCAACGUGACUGAUUAGGGGGUUUGGCUACUUUUUUUUAAUGUUAUUUAAAUAGCAUAAAAUAUAUUUUAGGUGUAGGUACAAUUGUGUGUUAUUUUUUUUAUUGUAAUUACAAAUGAAUUGCAUUGAUGUACAUACCGUUUGAUAUAAAUGAAUUCCAUAAGUUUUGAGAAAUUCAUUUUGAAAUGGAAUAUUUUUGUGUUUGGUAUUAAAAAGAAUUCAUUUUCAAUUCUAAAUUUUGAAUUCUACGGAAUUGGAACUAGUUAUAGAAAUUCCGAGGAAUUGAGAUAGAAUUUUCAAAUGAAUUCCACAACUAUUUACUAAUUAUAAUAGAUGACAUCAUUAUCCUCUUUUAUUAACUAAAUUACUUAUACUUAUGACAUAUCAAACAUAGAAAUUCAUUUGACAAUGAAUUCUACACGACACUUCAAUGAUUUGAAUAUAACAUACCAAACAUAGGAUUUCAUUUGACAAUGAAUUCUACACGGUAAUUCAUUUUACAAUGAAAUGAAUUAUCGAUUCAUUUGGUACCAAACGGUCUGGUAGGUACAAUUAAAUUGAAAUGAGUUGGAUUGCGUUAUUCUUGAGUUGGCAAAAAAAAGCAAAAAUUGCAAUUGGUUUUGCAAUUGCAUUGAUGUGGAUGCUCUAAGCGCCGCUCCACCCAUCUCUCUUCUCUCUCAUUUCUUUCUUUCCCGGAAACUGAUCGAUUGCCUUAGAUCGAUCGCCAAUGAAAUCAAAUCAUCUCCUUCUUCAAUCCAUCGCCUUAUUCCACUCUCACUUCUCCAUCCAAUCUCUAUCGCUUUCCCUUCUGGUAGUGACGAGAAGGUAAGGAAGGAAGGAUGACAGCGGCGGGGGAGCUAACGAUGAGGAUGAUACGAAGGUAAUUUGGUUUUUCUUUGUUUGUAUGCCGAUUUUUCGUAUUUUUUAGGUUUUAUCGGGUAUUUCAAUUCUAAUGCAUGCUUGUGUUUGUGUUUUUAUUUGGAUAUUUUAGAGAUGUAGACCUAGGUUUUUUCUGGUUUCUUUCUUUUUGGCCGAGAGAGGAGGGAAAGCAUGACUGGGAAGAGAGUGAGUCAUCGCCGGCGGCACCAGCUGACUUGGUUUGUGGGUUAGGUUAGGUUCUAUUUUUGUUUGAGCUCUGUUUUCUGUGAUGAUACGGUUGAUUUGAUGGUUUUUGUGUUUUGGGAACUUAGGUAUGAUUUCUACUAUGAAUUGGGGAAAUUGGGUUCAUUUGAGGUCACCGCCCUCCCCUUGUGCUGCCGCUUUCCGGAACUUCUUUGAUCUUAGCCUGACCACCUAGCGACAGGGGCGGAGCUACUCAAAGAGUAGGGCGGGCCCCGGUCCACCCGGGAAUAGUCUCGGCCCCUAGGAUCGUAAGAAUAUUUAGAUAAAAUUUAGAUAAGUAGCGCUCGACCUAUACAUUGUAUCAUAUAACAAUCAUGUAGUUUAUUGGUAACUAAGCUAAACUUUUAGCUUAAAGCAAACAAGUUUGAUCCACAACAACCUCGUUUUUUCUUUAACUUCUUUUUGGACUUUAUUAUCUUAAUUCUCCUCCACAAGGUCUUGGACCAAAGAAAACGGACACUCACUCCUUUUCAUUCUUUUUGUUAGUUUAAUCCACCUACAAAAUGAAAAAAUCAACCUCUAUUUGUUCACUUGAGAUUUUUAGCUCUUUAUACAAACUAUAUGAUCUAUUUUUUUAUCUAUGUCGGAAUGAACAUAAAGAUUAGUGCCAAAGGAAUUUUACUUGGGAAAAAAUCAACCUCUAUUUAGUUCACUUGGGAUUUUUUGCUCUUUAUACAAACUAUAUGAUCUAUUUUUUUUAUCUAUGUCGGAAUGAACAUAAAGAUUAGUGCCAAAGGAAUUUUAUUUUGUUGAUAGGUUGAUUUGUCUUCUUCUAACUCUUCCAAAUUUCUAAAGCUACAUGUGAUCGUGCAUGUUUUCAGGUAUAAAGAUAGUGAAUAAUAGAUUGUGAAACAAAAUAAAUGAUGAGUUUCUUAUUAAUGAUUUAGUUAUUUAUAUUGAAAGAAAGAUAGCUAAAUUUUUUAGCCCAGAUGCUAUUUUGAGAUAUUUCAAUGAUCUCAAAGAACGUUGUAGAAUUUUAAAAUAAUUUUAUUUUUAUUUACAUUUAUCUAUUUUCGGCCCACCCGGUCUCGAAAUCCUGGCUCCGCCCCUGCCUAGCAACGACUAACGAGGAAUCUCGCCACUCUCCACUGUUCGUGUCUAUUUCCUUUUGUUUUCCCGGCGAGAAAAAUAAAGGAAAGAGAAUUGGAUUUUGCACCUUUGACUCCCAAACAAACGAUCAAACUACACAGUUCACACCUCUUCGAACAAAGUUCAAACAAGGGUGUUCAAUGUUUUGAUGAACUAUGAGGCAAAUCUACAUUAAAUUAUCCCUACUCCUAUGGAGGUUCAGUGAGAGCUCCAAAAACUACGACUAUGGCUAAAAUAUGCAGAGGAAAAGAUAAAAAAGAUAAAACUUGACAAGUGGUGUUGAGUUGUUAUUUUUGCGAACCUUUUCUCAGUCAUCUUCACCUCCUAUUUAUAGCCACCAGAAGUAACUGCCCAAGAAACUGCUCUGCUGACGUGGAGUGACGGUUACCCACUCAACUACUAUGACGGUUACCCUGAUGUUGGAUGUGGGAUCCUCUUCAGUCUUGACUUCCUCCUCUUGAAACCUCAACCUCUACUCUUGGCAUCUCCUUCGUAGUUUUGCUUAUCCAUUGCGUAAAAAUGGUUGCUCACAUGACCCCCUUACCUUGGCCAUACCAUGGGGGUGUACAUUGGUGACCCCCUCACCAUACCAUUGGGCAUCCUCCAUGGGGCUCAUAUGGAUCACCCCCGCCACUAUAUCAUCCUCAUGGAAGCUGGCGUUGGUGACCCCUCACCCCCUGAUCAUACCAUGGGGGUGCUAUGUUGGUGGUCCCCAGACCACCUCAUGGGGGUUGCUCCUUCCACCCUCAUCAUCUUCUAUAUCAUGGGGGUGGCGGUAUGAUGUCUACCCCCUUGCCACGUCCUGGGGGUGGUAGUAUGGUGGCCACCCCCCUUGGUACCUCCUGGGGGUGGUAUGAUGAUGCACACCCCUCUUGCCACGUCCUGGGGGUGGUAUGAUGGUGGCCACCCCCUUGGUACCUUCUGGGGGUGAUGGUAUGAUGCUCACCCCCCUUGCCACGUCCUGGGGAUGGUGGUAUGAUGCCCACCCCCCUCACCACGUCCUGGGGGUGAUAGUAUGGUGGCCAACCACCUUGGUACCUCCUGGGGGUGGUAUGAUGAUGGUCACCCCCCUUGGUACCUCAUGGGGGUUUUGGUAUGAUGCCCACCCCCCUCGCCACGUCCUGGGGGUGGUAUUAUGGUGGCCACCCCCCUUGGUACCUCCUGGGGGUGGCUACCAUACUCCUUGCCUUAGCCGAAUUCGGGCAUCACCCCCCUUACCACGUCCUGCGGGUGGUAUGAUGGUGGUCACCCCCCUUGGCACCUCCUGGGGGUGGCUCACAUACUCCUUGCCUUAGCCAAAUUCGGCAAUCACCCCAUCACCAUGUCAUGGGGUGGCGGUAUGAUGUCCACCCCCUUGCCACGUCCUGGGGGUGGUGGUAUGAUGCCCACCCCCCUCUGCGUGUCAUGGGGGUGGCUCCCGUACUUAGUCAAAUUUGGAUAUGCAUGGGAAGCAUGGCGCGCGUGGUGGCACGGAGUAAUGGGCCCAAAAACCCAAUCCUCAUGGCACACUCAACUGAUUUAAACUGAUAUAAUUAAGUUGGCCUUAUAAAGCAAUUUAAUUCCUUGUUUUUAACCGAUGUAGUACAAGGUUAAUAUUUAUGGGUAAACAAAUGCCCCCCAACUACUUAGUGCAUAAGAAUUAUGGACUAAGUAGUUUCACACCAAUUAGGCCAUCAAACUCAAAUAGUUGGCCUUACAAUUUAAAUGACCAAAACAAUCCCAAUUUCUUCUCCUUUGCUGCCGUGUGGGAGGAAGGAAGGGAGUCAAACAUAAUUAUUCCAUAGUCCUUCCAUCUCGACACAACAGUGCCCCCCAUGCCACUGUGACCACCAACUGUUAUGGUCACUCUUAAAUCAUACGACGUGGUAUCUUUUGAAGCUAUUGGGCUAGAACAACAUCAUGCCCCCCUAGUUAAUCCAAACUACUACUAAUCAUACUCCAUGCCAUUCACCAUCACCUCCAUGUCUUGUCAUGGGGUAUAUAGUCCACCUUACAAAAUUUUAAAGUUUGGCAUGGUUAGGCCACCUUAAUGGCCUGACAAUACGAGUAAUGAUUGAGGCUUACCAGUCGUGGCAAGAUUCUCACAUAAAAAACCUACUAACUUCUUCUGAAACUUGCCACUUUGGGAUUUUAAAUAUAUAUAUAGCCAUGAUUGGCUUUUCUAUAUUAAUUAAUAUAAAAAAAAUUUACAUUUUUUUAUUGUAUAUAUAAGUAGUUACAAGCAUCAUUGAUCUCCAUACCCUUUGGCAAUAACCAAAGUGCCAAAGG